GAUGUGUUUGAGGCUUCGCAGCUGUUUCCCCUGCAGAACCUGCAGAGCAGUAGUCUCCACAGACUUGUCAGCGCCUUUCUCAGUCGGCUUGCCCCGUUUUUCUGCCCGGACAAGGAUGCGGACCCGGUCAGGCUCCACGGAGCCAGACGGCAUCAGGCUCAACUUUCUCCCCGGCCAGGGUGGGAGAUCCCUGGGAGGUGGCUGGUUUAAAGGGAAGCUCCCGAAGUUAUUUAGAACCCCCAGGGGUCAGGAAGGUGUCAGCGUCGUCGCCAUGACCGACGGACACCCCUCACCCAAAGAUGAGCAGCCUCCAAACGUGAUCCUCACAUUUGAGCAAAACCUUGAGGAAAACUACUUACUUGAGGCCAGCGAUCUGCUGAUACAGAGAGAGGAGCGUUUAUUUGGAGAGAUAACGGAGGCAGAUGGACAGCACGAAGAAGAAAUAAACAAGCUUGCUGCAGACCGCAGAGUCCUGGAAAGCCACAUCCAGCAGACUCUACGUCAGAGUCUGUCUCUCGACGCAGGAAAGGUCAGCACCGAGGCUCUGACAUCUGCUGUGAAGGCCGUCUACCAGGAGGACAAGCAGGACCAACUGUGGAGGCAGAGGGAUCGGACACCCCCAGGCUGGAGGCCCAGUGGCUGGAAGGAGCUCCACAGCACAACUCUCCGCAGCUUGGUAAAGGAUCGUAUGGACAACCCCUCCACGCCCCCUGACAACCAUGUAAAGCAGUCGUCUGUCGAGGCCCACGUCUGCAGCAUGGGCAGGCAGCUGAAGAAGGACCUGCUGUUGGUGGUGAACGUGGUGAAGACUUGUUAUCCACCAGAGACAGACAUCUGUAAUUUUUACGCCAAGCUGUACCACCAAACCUUCAGUUCCAGACUCAGAAAGAUCGCAGACUUUGGUCUGGAGGACAAGGACUGCACUUUCCUCCUGUCCUGGGUGAACGAUCAUUAUCCAGGACUCCUUCGAAAGCCGGAGCUGGCCGGUGAGAUCAACAGUGAAGAUCUGGGAAAGCUGCUGCCGAAAGAGUUAAUGGAACCUCUGGAGGAACAGUACCUGAGCAAACAACAGAAUGAGCUGAUGACUUACACCGACCGUGUCCUGGAGGAGGCGAAGCAAAAGUGGAAUAACGGAGAGGAGCCGAUCAGAGAGGACGGCUGCUAUGUCAGUCCUGUGGCCUACGACAUCAUUCAGUUAAUCAACGGUAUGGUGACUUCAGCUGUAAUAGUGGUGGGAGACCGGCACAAGGCUCAGAAAAUAACGUGCAAACUGAAUGGUUCAAUGCAGAGCUUCAAGAUCUUCCAAGACGAGGUCAUGAAGCAAAACAGACCGAACAGCAAGGCGAUCAUCAAGGCGAACCUCGGCUGUGUCGAGCAGUUCAGGGAGGUCCUCGAUAAGAGGGGCCAUCUGUUCCUAGAGGGUGUGCGGGAAAACUGUCUGCGUGUUCUGACUGACAUGAAAGAAUCUGCCCACACAUAUUUAUUAAGCCGUGUGCACGAGGUCCUCAAGCCGCAGUACCGCAAGCUGGGAACCAGCGACUGGCUGAACAAGCCCCUGUUUGAGAAGCUGCUGGCCAGCAUUCAAACAGAGAGUCAAGAACUUCAGGGUUCAAAAGAAUCCUGCCACCAGGAGCUGAUUUGUCAGUUUCAUCACGAAGUGACGGUAGAAUAUGUGAAGAGGCUCCUGAAAGGGGAAGUCAAGCUGAAGGACAAGCAACAGCAGCAUAAGGCCUACAUGACCGUGAAAGACAACGCAGAGAGUUUGCACAAUUUAUUUGUCAAAAUGAGUUCAAAGGAAGACUGGCUGAAGGAAAUCCUGACCAAGAUUGCAGAAGUGCUGAAACUCCAGGAGCUCCCUGCCAUACAGAUGCAAGUAGCGUCACUGGGAAGUGCCUUUCCAGACCUGAGUGAAAAACACGUUUCGGCUCUGCUCAAGCUCAAGACAAACCUCUCCAGAAACGACAGGAAAACCGUCAAAGAGACUCUGUCGGACGCUUUGAGAGAAACCAGUGUCGGGAGCGCUCGGCCGUUUUUCUCCAAAGUCCAGGUUAAAUGAGCCGUGCGCUUCGGUGAUGCUCUCCCCCCGUUCUCCUCAUCACAGUCAUUUUAAUGUCGGCAGGGAGCCGGGUUGUACAGUACAAUGUCCCAUAGCAUUUGUGUGUGUGUUAGGUUUGUGCGCCGGUACGGCGGGUUGGGUUUUCAGUCCAGCUCCUGCCCAAGCGAUGCCGUCACUGUGUGCCGAGAUGUAAAAUGUAAAUGACCUUCAGGGCGAUGAUGAACAUAGCGGAGAAAGACAACGCUUGGUUGGAACGGAGAGAAUAUCUGUUAAAAGACGAGAUGAAUGUAGUUACUGAAUGAUUGCAUAAGCUACGGUUCACAAUAGUGCUGGUAAAUAUGGUGCUUUUCACUGCUUAAAAAAUCAGGUAAGGUUUGUUGUGAGUGUUUGUUUUUGUGUUAUAAAAUAAAAAAGGACAGGGUCAGUAUUUGGAAGUGUAUAUUUUUUAUGUCAAAUGAAUGUUAAAGUUUGUUAUUUUCAUGUACCAUAUUUCCUUUUCAUACACGUGCAAUCACGGGAGAUUUGUAUUUUUUACAUGUUUUGUCUCAUGUCAUCUGAUGUGUUAAAUGUUAGUUAAAUUUGUAAAUAAAUGUGGUAAAAACC